GAAUGAUGACGGUCUGACUUCCCAGGGUUCCGAAUCUUCACACACCACGCAGCAGAUUUCCCGAUACGAGCGAUACCACUGGCAGACUCGCGCACCGGAGGCGCCCACCGUUACUCAACAUGACGUCACCGUUGCCACUGCUGCGCUCGUUUUCGACCGAAAACCAGAACCGCGACUGGAGCAAACGGUUUUCGCUUCGCAUCAAGCAGAAAAGCAGCAACGAUGGCAAACUGGACUUUGCCUCGUUGCGCAAGAACAAAUUUGCCCGCCGCUGCUCGUCCUUGCGCCAGCAGCCCACCGAACAGGCCACGGCCAACGUUACGCUGGAGCUCGAGUCAGCGUCGCCGGCCCAGUCCAUGACCAUCCACGAGAACAGCUCGCCCAAGAAGCCGAAAUGGGAGGUCAUCGAGCACUUCAAGUCGAACGUGCGCGGCCAAGAGUCCAUCAGCAGCAGCCUGAUAGCGGCCGGUGUGACGGCGUUCAACCUGGACGACACCAACUCCAACUACUCCGGCACACCAUCGAUACGGAAGAAGAGCUUCCAGAUCUACAGUGGCGCCGCCCAGGACGAACUGGAGCCGCUGAACAACCUGACGAUCAACAACACCGUCGAGGGCGUCUUCGAUACAUCGCGCUGCUGGAACACGAUCAAGUGUUUAUUCAACGGUGUCAUCUGUUCGCACAAGUUCAAAAAUGUCCAGGUGGAGAUGCUGUAUCAGCGGUACUUCCUGCGCAUGAAUCAAAGCAACGCGGUGCACAUCGUGUGGCUUCUGUUAGGAUUAAUAUUUAUCUUAGCGCUAAUACAUCUAGUGUUUACGUUCAUCCUGCAACAGUCGCUGGAGAGCUGCUACGAGCUGCCGCUGGACGGCCUCAACAUUGGUUUUUUGUUCCCGCUGAACGUGACCACUUUGGCGGCGCUCGCGACCGACGACGAUGGCGACGUUGGGAACGGUACCAAGCCCAGCGACGCGGAGCCACCCGAUCCGUCCAGGCCAGGCAGCCCACCGGAGCCCACCAGUGAACAGCGGCAUAUCAACGAACCCAUCGAAGCGCGCAAUUUUCCACCCAACGAACAGGAGGACCCCGGUCCCGGUGCUGCUCAAGCCGCGAGCGACGAGCAACCGAGCGCAACGGUGGACCAAGCCCACCGGUUGCUGAGCCGGGCCCGCCGGACGAAAGGCCCUGACUUCCACCCUCUGCUCUCGGCGGCGUGGCUACGGAACCGCGCCAAACGCUGGACACACCGGGUGCUGCACGAAAAAAACGUCAACGCGCUCACCAAGGAUGACGGGUACAGGACCAACAGUGUCGUCGGUAACGCUACGCCACUUGACGGGGCCAAGGAGCCGGUCGGUUCGAAGAACCAGGAACGGCCCGCCGGUGCGGCUCCCUCGGCGUCUCCAUCGCAACCACCACCAGCAACGCAGCAGCCGCCGCCGGGCAACUUUAGCAGCGACUACUCGGAGGACGGCGAGAUUCCGCUGUGCAAUCGCGACUACUUCACGCUGCUGAAGGACAACAUGACCCAAAUCAUCGUGCUGGGCGUGUGCGCCACCGUCUACGCGCUGCUACUGAUGUGCCUGUACAAGCAGCGCAUCAACGAGAUCUACCUGUUCCAGGUGUCGUACGUCAUCAUGGUGACGCUGCUCGUGCUGGACGUUUGCUUCAGCUUCACCACCUCGGCCAAAAAGUUCACUUCGUCCGGAGGCUGCACGGUCAUUGCGAUCUACAUCACCUACACGAUGCUUCCGAUCCGGCUGCGGGAGGCCGUCGUCGGCGGCAGCCUGCUAUCGAUUUCCCACAUCGUGUUGAUGUUCUGCCUGAACGAGUCCGACGACAUGGAUGUGCUCUACUGCGAUCUGAUUACGUUGGCCUGCACGAAUGCGACCGGCAUCCUGUUGCACUGGCCGAAGGAAAAGUCACAGCGCAAAGCCUUCAUGGAGACGCGCCAGUGUGUGGAGGCACGGCUAAAGAUCCAGCGCGAGAACCAGAAACAGGAGCAGCUGCUGCUGUCCGUGCUACCCCGGCACGUCGCCAUGGAGAUGAAGAACGACAUCGCGGGCCAACCGCGGGAGGCUCAGUUCCACAAGAUCUACAUCCAGCGGCACGAGAACGUCAGCAUUCUGUUCGCGGACAUCUGUGGCUUCACCAGCCUCAGCGAUCAGUGUACGGCCGAGGAGUUGGUCCGGCUGCUGAACGAGCUGUUUGCGCGGUUCGAUCGGCUCGCGCAAGAGCACCACUGUCUGCGCAUCAAGCUGCUGGGCGACUGUUACUACUGCGUGUCGGGGCUGCCGGAGGCGCGCCCGGAUCACGCGAUGUGCGCCGUCGAGAUGGGUCUGGACAUGAUCGACGCCAUCGCCCUGGUCCGCGAGGUGAUGGCAGUCAACGUGAACAUGCGCGUCGGGAUCCACACGGGCCGGGUGCACUGCGGGGUGCUCGGGCUGCGGAAGUGGCAGUUUGACGUGUGGUCCAAUGACGUCACGCUGGCCAACUACAUGGAAAGCGGUGGCGUGCCGGGCCGGGUGCACAUCACGAAGGAGACGCUCAAGUGUCUCGGUGACCAUUACGACGUCGAGGAGGGCCACGGUACCGAUCGGAACAGUUACCUGAAGGACCAUCAGAUCCAGACGUACCUCAUUGUGCCGAAGGAUGCCUCCUAUCGACCGCACACCAUGUCGAAGCAGUCGUCGUCGGUCAACGGGAACAUUUCGAAGGAGCUGCGCAUGAUGGGCCACUGGUCGAAGAUGGGGUUCAACGACAAGACCGAACCGAAGAGCACCGAGGAGGAGGUGAACGAGUAUCUCAUCAAGGCGAUCGACGCCCGCAGCAUCGACCGGCUGCGGCUGGAUCACUGCAAGCGGUUCCACCUGACGUUCAUCAAGAGCGACAUCGAGCGCAAGUACUGCCUCGAGCCGGACCCGAUGCUGAACGUCUACUUCUACUGCAGCCUCAUCAUCUUCUUCGGCAUCAUGUCUAUCCAGGUGCUGGUGUUCUCGAUGGAUCAGUACAGCUACUGGGUGUACGGGGGCCUGACGCUCGUCCUUCUGGUGUGCUGCGUUCCAGUAUUCACCCGCCAAAACAUGAAAGUGUCCACCUUCUUUCGGGCAGUGUCACAAAAAAUUCACGGCCACCGUGAGAUUGCUCAAGUGAUAUCGCUCUGCGUCGUACUUACUGUGAUAUGUUUAUCUUACUACAAACUGACAUUAAUUUUCUACCUUUCGCUUUACGACGAGUAUCCGCUCGUGCGGCCUAGUAAUUGUAAGGAGUCAAAAAUUAUCAAUAUUCUACUACUGCUUACCUUGCUUGCCUUACUGACCUGUGCGGUGCAUCAGUUUAUCAAAAUUCUGUUCAAAAUCCUGCUGCUGAUCGCCAUACUCGUCCUGUACGUGGUAUCGGUGGUCGUCCUGGCGCUCAUCUUCGAGCGCCACUGUGAACCAUGGUUUCUGACGACGGAAAGGUUCCUAAUCGACGUGGCGUUCCUGGUGGUGUUCGUGAUCGGCCAGAUCAUGCACAGCCAGCAGACGGAGAUCACGCGUCGGCUCGACUUUAUCUGGAAGCUGCAGGCGACCGAGGAGAAGGAGGACAUGGAGCACCUGCAGGCCUACAACCGGAAGCUGCUGGCCAACAUUCUGCCGGUGCACGUGGCCGACCACUUUUUGAUGCGCGAGAAAAAUAUUGAGGAGAUCUACCACGAGCAGUGUGAUACGGUGUGUGUGAUGUUCGCUUCGAUACCGAACUUCUCCGAGUUCUACAUCGAGCUAGAGGGCAACAACGAAGGUGUCGAGUGUUUGCGUCUGCUGAACGAGAUCAUCGUCGACUUUGACGAGCUGCUCGCCCUGGAACGGUUCCGGUACGUGGAGAAGAUCAAGACGACCGGCUCGACGUACAUGGCGGCUUCGGGGCUGACGGCGGACAGUUGCGACAAGACCGACUUCCAGCACGUGAUCGCCAUGAUCGACUACGCGCUGGAACUGUUCCAGAAAAUCACGGACGUCAACGAACAUUCCUUCAACAACUUCCGCAUGCGGAUCGGCAUCAACAUUGGGCCCGUGGUGGCCGGUGUGAUCGGAACGCGGAAACCCCAGUACGACAUCUGGGGCAACGCGGUGAACGUGGCCUCGCGAAUGGACUCCACCGGCCUGAUGGAUCACGUCCAGGUGACGGAAGAUGUGUACCAGAUUGUGAAGGACAAGGGCUACAAUCUAACGUGCCGUGGAACGGUGAACGUGAAGGGCAAAGGCACCAUGAUCACCUACUUGAUGCCAGGGCUGGCAAAGGAACAGAAUAACUAGAUUAAGGGUGUUGUGUAACAGCUUCGGUUUCCCCCAAAAGCUCCCCAUCUCACCCAACGGUGUCCCACGUCGUGUUCCGACAUAUCAAUCGCCCAACCCUGCCACGCUGGUCCGCGUUCGAUGUUAGUAAAUGUGCCCGUUAGACCUUUGGAAGUGUGGUCCCCCCGGUUGUCCCUGUCCUCUGUGCUUCCUUGCUUCACCGAGUUGUGUUACUCUCGAAUAGCGUCAACAGCGCGAUCUAUC